AUGACCAAUCCAGUAGACACGUCCACAACGGCCAAUGUCGACGCAGUAGCAAACCAGGAGGGCGGAUUCCACCCCAAAGUCGGCCGCUCCGCCCCAAUGGAAACCCACGGCCACAAGCCCGGCGUCCUCGCCUCCGAGAAGGACCGCGCGCCAGAGUUCCACGCAAAGACCCUGCCGCCAGGCUCAGCGCCCAAAGAGAACACCUUCCGCCCGAACCCCACCGAUGAAGCCCCCCGCGCGGCCGACUACCGCGACGAUAACGACCCGGAAUCCGAACAAACCUCCGCCUCCGACACCCUGGGCGGCGCGACCUCGGCGGACGUGCACACCGGGCUCGGCCACCCGGGUCAGGGCCAGACCUCGACCGAGCUGCACCACGACGGGCAGCACGGGCGCAAGCGGGAGCGGCACGGCUUAGCUGGCGUAGGGGCUAGCGGGGUGGGAAAUGCGAGCAAGAUUGUUGAUCCGCAUCUUCCCGAGCACGCGGACCAGCGGGCUCAGGAUAAGGAGGAGGUGGGGGUGGUGCCGAAUAGGGGUAAUCUCGGGGGGCCGCCGGCGGAGGAGAGGGAGCCGGAGACGUCGGAGGGGGUUGCGGCUGAGAUGCCGGGAGGUGCGCGCUAA